AUGUCAGACGAAACUGUCAUUUUUAGGAUUUUUAUGCGUCCCUCUUCGUUCUCUCUCGGCGCCCGCCGCCGCCGAGCCGGGCUUCUCUGCGGAGCUCUAACGCCCUCGUCGUCUUCAUGUACCCCGCUCGUUUCUCGCCGCGGAGGACCCUUCGAACAUCCGCGUCGCUCGCGAGCGGCUUGCUCAGCGCCGUCUUCAGCGCUCGAAGCGCGGCGACGUCGCCGCCGACGCCGACGCCGGCGCGCGUCGUCCCGCCGCCGCCGCCGUCGUCGCCGUCGUCGUCGUCGUCGCUGUAUUCCUCCAUCUCCAACCGCCGCAUCAGCCUCGCGCUCGCGUCGCCGCCGCCCUCCUCCUCCUCCUCGCCGCCCUGGACGCUCUCCAGCGCGGGCGGGCCGGGGGGCUCGUACGCUUUCGGCGCCGCGACGACCCAAGGCCCGCCGGCGAAAUCAUCAUCGUCCCGCCCCCGCCCCCGCCGCGCGUCUCCUCCUCCUCCUCCUCCUCCCUCGCCCUCGCCCCAGCCCCGGGCCCCGCGGACGACGCGAACGAUCUCCGCGGGCGCGCUGAUCCAGUCGUGCUGACCCGUGAGCCGCAUGUCGACCGCGCCGUACGUGGGGUCGAACGC